AUGAAUUUUCUUGUUGUACCUUUAAAAAAGUCAAGUUCCUGUGACUUAUUCAACCCUUUGAAACAAUUGAUAGCUACGCAGUAUGGUGCAAGUGUUGCAGAGUCUUGCAGCAGUUCUCUGGGAGAAUUCGCGACGUUGAGAAAUUCUGUAUGCGUAAAAGGAGAUAACUAUAAUCCUGCUGUCGAAAAAAUAGCAGUGUAUCAUGACGCAUUAGACCAACUGGAAGGGCGUUUGCAUUUGACUACUGGUUCCCGAAUCGAUUUCAAGUGGAGUGAUAUUACUGGGAAGUCUACCAAAAAAGAGAGCUCCUUGAGGUUUGAAGCUGCAAAUGUCCUCUUCUGUUAUGGCGCAGCUCACAGCCAAGUCGGAGAGUCUUGCCGUCCCAAUUGUGAAAAUUCACUUCAACAAGCUCUGAAGUCUUUUAAGAUUGCUUCCAGUACUUUUAAUUAUUUGGCCUCAGAUACAUCAUCAGGCAUGAAAGACCCGCUUCCAGACAUGACUUCAGUAGCACUGACAUUUUUCAGUAACCUUAUGUUUGCUCAGGCCUAUGAAUGUGUAUUUUGCAAAGCUGAGAAAGAUGAGAAAAAGCCUGGCAUUCUUGCAAGAAUAUCAUCAACUUUGACUACUCUUUAUGAAGAAUGCGUUUCGAAUUGUUCAAGUGGUGCUAAAAAUAUUAUCCCUAAGGAUUGGUCAGGAGUGUUAGCUAUGAAAAAAGGUUUAUAUGAGGCAUUAACCCAAUAUUAUCAAUCCAAGGCUUGUGGAGAAAACAAACAAUAUGGCGAACAGCUUGCUCGAUUAUCAUGGGCUUGUGAAUUGAUCAAAAGUGUUAGUCGUAGCAGUUAUUUUCAGCGUAAAAACCUGGUGGAACAAUUCAAGCAUGAAGAAUCAGUUGCAAUCAAAGAUAAUGAUCAUAUAUAUCAUGAGAAGAUACCAGCUAGAACGGGUCUUUCUCUUGUUCAAGGUGUCGAAGUUAUUAAAAAGUCUCCACUUACUUUCCCUCUAUCAGGAUCAACAAGGGAUUAUUUUGUAGAUCUACUCCCAUUCGCUGUUACGGAGGCUCUUAACACUGCUAAAGGCGUUCGCGCAUCUCUAGUCGAUGGAGAGGUGUGUAGGCUACGAGAAGCUUCUACUAAAUUGAAUGAAAUAAUGGCAUCAUACAACCUCCCAGCAGCAUUACAAGUUGUUGGAUCAGGCAUGAUUCCCGACACACUUUUAUCCAAAGCUGCCUGUAUACGUCGAGACGGUGGAGCGGAUAAGUUAUACGAACAACUGAUGUCCAUACCUGAAUGUGUUCAACGUAAUAAGGAGAUUAUAGCAGCUGAAAAAGCGUCAUUGGAUGAUGAAGAAAAAUCCGAUAACAAUUUACGAGGACAAUAUGGCGAACGUUGGACACGGAAACCGUCAAAUGAAUUGACUUUAGCAUGGCGUUCUGAUAUACAGAAAUGUUUGAGUUUACUUGAACAAACUACAAAAACUGAUGCAUCUCUCAUAGAACGAUUUGAAAAGCAUAAAUAUCAUCUGGAAUUACUUAGCAAACCAGAAGAUGCGCUUAUAGCUGCAGUUCGCUCAGAGGUUAACUCCUCAGAAACAAAUGCUAGUGGUAAUAAUGAGGCGUUACGAUCGGAGUUAAACCAGUUAUGUGAUAAACUAGAAGUAGUUAAAACCGAAAGAAGUGAAAUAAUGGAACGUUUAAAAGUAAUCGAUUUUCCACCUGAUUUUGCCAAAAAGCUUCUAACUCACUAUCGUGAACAUGGUGAGAUAAUCGAUUUGGAUAUGCCUUCCGAUGUGCUUAACGAGAAAAUGGCAUCUGUUCGUGAAUCUGUUCGAGAAAAUUUAAAUAAACAAGACAAUCUACUGAGUCAAUUGCAAGUGAAAGCAGAUAUGUUUUAUGGUGGAUCAGACAGUAGUACUUCAAAGAAUAAAGGUCUUCUGACGAUGCUUAAUCUUGCCGCUGAUGAAUAUUCAGCGCUUCAAGAAGCAGUUCGUGAUGCUAUGAAAUUUUAUGCUGAACUCACUGAAAUAUGUUUAAAUACACAAUCCAAGAUUGAAGAUUUUUGUGCUGCUCGUACUACAGAAAAGAACGAAUUAAUGUCUGAUAUUACAGCUAAUUUAAGCCGAGUUCGCGUUUCCGAUCAUCAGCCAUUGCCAAAACCGUGCGUGCCUCCUGCCCGACCUGAACCGAGUUAUAAUAAUCAUGUUAACCCAGCCCCCUCACAACCAGUUCCAAUGCCAACACCUGUAGGUGGUAUGGUCAAUGCACAGUAUCAUAUGCCUGGACAGGCAUGGGCACCUCAAGGAUAUCCUAUGAUGGGUCCACCAGCACCAUAUGGUAUGGCUCCCUACCCACCAAUGUAUUCUUACUAUGGUGGUUACGCUCCGAUGCCAAUGCCUCCAAAUCCAGCCUACACUCCUGUACCUCUGUUGCCCCACAAUAUGGGUAGUGGUACCACUGGUGGUAAUGAAUGCCAAGGACAAUAUCUACCUGGACAACCGUCUACUCAACCUUGA